AUGCCAGCGACAAUAUCUUUUAGAAGAGAUAUCAUUGAUCCUGCUCUUUACGGUCAAAUGUUCCUGUUUUUCGUACCUGUAUGGAUCCAACGAAUGCUUGCCUAUCCCUUGGAUUAUAUUGCACCACGCAUUGCUAACAUGAUUCGAGCGAUGACGCUCAAAACAAGUGGUAAGAUAUCUCAGAAUGGAAGGCUUUGGAAAAUUUUGGUAAAACAGCGCUUAAGAUAGAA